AUGAAAUUUUUCGGACUUCUUGCUCUCUAUGCUCAGGCUAACGGCGAAAACAAAUUUCAAGAUGUAGCUGAUGACAUCAAGAAUGUGCUUGACAUCACACUUGACAAUGUUCAAAAGAUCUCCGAGAAGCUCGGCAGCCUCGAUCUUCCUCAAAUCGACAUCCCCGAAGUGACCAACUACAAAUACGAAGCUCCCGAAAUCAAAAUCCCCGACGUCGCCAACUUCAAAUACGAGGCACCAAAGAUCGAGAUCCCCAGCGUCGCCAACUACCAGUACAACGCUCCCGACAUCAAAAUCCCCGACGUGGCCAACUACAAGUACGAAGCUCCCGAGAUCAAGAUCCCCGACGUCGCCAACUACAAAUUCGACGAUUCGGAGAUCAAAUCCAAAACUCAAUCGACUUUCGAUCAUCAUUCUGGAAAAAAUCCACUUCCAAAAGUCGAAGAAGUCUCUGAGACAUUUGAAGACGACAUUUUAGAAGAAAUUUAUUAUUUUGACGAUGAAGAUUUUGGCCAGAACGAUGAGCGGAAAGAAUCGAGUUUUGAGUUUUACAGCUUUGAUGAUUUGAAAUUACUGAUAGCUGAUUUUUCUGACAAGUUUUGGAAAUAA